UCCUGAAAACACGCUGGGCACGCGAUUUCACGAACAUCGCACUCAUUUUCAUCCCAGAACUCGUCGGUCUGGUACACGUGUGACAUUUUAGAAGAAUAUUUGCUGACUUAGUGGUUGCUGGAACUAGGUAUACUUUUUUGAUAACCCAUCCCAAAAACUUUUUGUGAAGAUAGUGACAUUGUCGUUCUCAGCAUAAUUUUAUUUUGGCAAUCUUUAAACUUUAGGUAAUUUAAUUUAUUAUUGUACGGUUUUCAGUGGAAUUCUAAAAAGUAUCUUGUGGGAAAAUUUAUGGACGAUCUGAUACUUGGAAACCUGGAUAACUGGCUAGGAAGUGUAAUAAAAACAAGGGUCUGACAAUAGCAGUGUAUUUAGUGAUUUGUUAUACUCUAUUUUAAAGUAUAGUACCGUUAAAACUGCAAAAUUAAAAUAAUAUAUAUAAUAUAUAUAUAAAUAUACAGAUUAUAAAGUGCUAGAGCUCAAAUGUGCCUGUAAACUUGAAUAACUGCGACAAAUCCAACAAACUAAUUUAACGAAAAGUGGAGUGCAGUGCCUGCAUAAUCUGUUACCAUGUCAAGUGAGCCAGAGACACACAAAUACAAGGGACACUCCACUGGGACGGUCCGGAAGAACAAACAUAGAUCCAGAUCGACCCCUAGGCGCAACGACUUGGAGAAGCCCAAAAAGAGGAACAUGAGCGCCGCAACUUCGUUCGCUUCUAUUCCUAAUGCAAUUAUGCUCUCGAUACUGAAUAGCGGCCUACUUCCAACUAGCAGAUUUAAUGAAGAAAAUGGUAGUUCUGUAACCGCUACUAUUACAGAUGACCCUAUAGAUCUGAAAACUUUUAUGAAAAUAUGUGAACAACGCAAGAAAUUUCCAGUUCUCUAUAAAUUAGAAUUUGAGAUUGCCAUUAAAGUGGAAACUCACUCCUGUAGACAUGGUACCAAGAAAAGUAAUUUAGAAAAGAAUCAAAACCAAAGAUGCAUUCCUUAUGAUUAUAAUAGAGUAGUACUAGAAACCAUAGAAGGCGAACACGAUUCGGAUUAUGUAAACGCGUCCUAUGUUGAUAGUCUGUUGAAACCGAAUGCCUACAUCGUAACCCAGGGACCCACAGAGGAGACAGUUACGGAUUUUUGGAGGAUGGUCUGGCAAGAGAACGCUAGCUGUAUAGUGAUGUUAACGAAAACAUUCGAUUUUAUAAGGGUUAUGUGCGUUCAAUAUUGGCCAGCAUCCAGAGAGCUUGAAGAAAUUUACGGGGGGAUCCACAUCCAAGUCGUCAGCGAAGAGGAAUUGGCCAAUUUCCAUAUAAGAACGUUUAGGCUGUACAAAAAAGAGGGAGAUGCUAUAGCAGAAGAUAGGACUAUUCUCCAGUUCCACUACACUCAAUGGCACAGCCACUCGUGCCCCUUCACGAAUGCCCUUUUAGAAUUCAGAAGGAGAGUACGAGCUGUAGUUGGUCACGUCAUAAAAUCUAAUGAGGCUGGCCCCAUGGUUGUGCAUUGCAACGAUGGUGGUGGAAGAUCUGGUGUUUAUUUAUCAGUUGAUGCAAAUAUGGAAUUGGCAGAAGAGGAAGACAAAUUUGACGUUUUUGGAUAUUUGAAGAAAUUAAGACAAUCAAGAAAAGGAUUAGUGGAUAAUGUGGACCAAUACAAGUUCAUUUAUGACACCUUAGAAGAACAUGUGAUCUGCGGAAAUUCCUGGUUUCCAGUGAGCGAGCUGUCUCAAAGACUGAAGCAAAAAUCGUCUAAAGACCCGAACACCAAGAUGAACGAGUACCAGAGGGAGUACAUGCUGAUCUGCAAGCAGACUCCUCGUUUUACCAUAGGGGACUGUGCCGGUGGACACCGUGGAGACAACCGAAAAAAGAACAGAGACGUCCUCAUUGUCCCGCCUGACAACUUUCGACCAUACUUAACAUCAUUCCAAGGAAAUAGCUAUACCGACUAUAUAAAUGCUGUAUUUGUAGAUGGAUAUACGAAACCCCGUGAAUACAUUGUGACUGAAUGGCCAAUUAAAUCUACAUGUGGAGAAUUCUGGUCUUUAGUAUACGAUUACGAAUGUUCUGCUGUGGUUGUGCUGUGCGUACCUCCCCACAAUUCACAACAAUUUCCGCCAUUUUGGCCUGAAGGGAGGGCUCCGAAAAAAUACGGCCCAGUGUUCACAAUUGAUCACAUCUCGCACAGCCACUAUUCGAAUAUCAAAACUUGGGUUUUCCGUAUAAACAAAAAGAUAGUGUCGCUGACAGAACUGAUGGCUGGUGUUAAGGCGCCCCCUAAGACUGUCCAAUUAUUUCAACUGACUUGCUGGCCGAUGGGGCACAAAGUUCCCACUUCAACUAACUCCUUGGUGGAAUUAAUGAACAUGGUAGAGCGGUGGAGACAAAGAACAGAAUAUGGUCCAGUCUGUGUAGUUUCUCCCGACGGAAGAAGCAGGUGUGGGAUAUAUUGUGCCGCUAAUGCUUGUAUCGAACAAGUAAUUCAACAUGGCGAAGUUGAUGUUUUCCAAGCUGUUAGAACAGUGAGGAGACACAGACCUCAACUUAUAGAAAAUAUAACAGAAUAUAAGUAUUGCUACGAUGUCGUCCUCCAUUACGUCCUCCACUAUCUCCAGAAGGAUCUUCAAGAAAUAAAAGUGAAAACCAGGCACUGAAUGCUAUGCUACUAUAUAAAAAUAUUUUAGGUGUUCCAUGAGGCAGAAACUUCAUUCUCAAGUCUAGUCCAAGUAACGAUUGAGGCCAACACACUGUGAAUUAGUAAUAAUGAAUCAUAUUUUGUGGUAAAAGUAAAUUUAUUGCUAUGUAUAUUUUUGUUACUUUGCCGCUAAAUCUAAAUGUAAUUGUUCACAUAUUCAAUAAACCUAUAUAUAUACA